ACCUGAGAGAGCUCAGUAGUCUGUAACAAGGUGGGGAGAGAUGGGAUUCCGGGCUAGAAAGGGUGUGGAAGCUUGCAGAAGAAGGCGGCUGAGUUCUGAUCGGGGUGGAGGGAGGGCACGCAUUUAAAGGGGCCAAGGCCCAUGAGCAGGUAGACAUUUAAAGAGACAGGUGCCCCACAGAAAAGAGACAUUUAAAGGUGCAGGUGCCCAAAAUAGAGCAGACCCGAGGAGCCGAGCUCGGCGGACAGAAGACCUGUGGUUCCCUCGACCCCGGACCCCCGUUCCCAUGCUAUGGCCCCCAGUGCCCUUUAGACCUGGCGGGACUCCCGUGCUUGCGACCCCUAUUUGGGGGUCUGGGUGGCUACUGGAGGGCCUUGCAGAGGGGCAGAGAAGGCAGGACCAUGGCAUCUAGGGCCUCUGAACCUCCCCCAGGGCGCAGCGUGACAGCAGGCAUCAUCAUUGUUGGAGAUGAGAUCCUCAAGGGACACACUCAGGACACCAACACCUACUUCCUGUGCCGGACACUGCGCUCCCUGGGGGUCCAGGUGUGUCGAGUCUCUGUUGUACCUGAUGACGUAGCCACCAUUGCGGCUGAGAUCACCUCUUUUUCCAGCCGCUUCACCCAUGUCCUCACGUCAGGGGGCAUCGGUCCCACUCAUGAUGACGUGACCUUCGAGGCCGUCGCACAGGCCUUUGGGGAUGAGCUCAAGCCACACCCUGAGCUGGAAGCGGCCAUCAAAGCCCUAGGAAGGGAGGGCUGGAAGAAGCUGUCGCUGGUGCCCUCCUCUGCCCGCCUGCAUUACGGCACAGAUCCUCACACUGGCCGGCCCUUCAGAUUCCCGCUGGUCUCGGUCCGCAAUGUCUACGUCUUCCCAGGCAUUCCAGAGCUGCUGCGGCGGGUCCUGGAGGGGCUGAAGGGACUGUUCGUCAACUCAGCCGUUCAGUUCCACUUGCGGGAGCUGUACGUGGCCGCUGACGAGGCCUCUAUUGCCCCCAUCCUGGCCGAGGCCCAGGCCCACUUUGGACGCAGUCUGAGCCUGGGUUCCUACCCUGACUGGGGCAGCAACUACUACCAGGUCAAGGUGACGCUGGACUCAGAGGAGGAAGCGCCCCUGGAGGAAUGCUUGGCCUACCUGACGGCCCGUCUGCCCCAGGGAUCGCUGGUCCCCUACAAACGCAACACCGUGGAGCAAGCCAGUGAGGCUGUAUACAGUCUCGCAGAGUCAGGGUCUCCUCUGGGGGACAAGGUGGCAGGGGCCCUGCGGACCAUUGAGACCUCCCUGACUCAGUACAGCCUCCCCCAGCUCUGCGUGGGCUUCAACGGCGGCAAGGACUGCACCGCCCUCCUACACCUCUUCCACGCAGCUGUGCAGAGGAAACGUGCUGAGGCUCAAGAACCCCUCCAGAUCCUGUAUAUUCGCAGCAUCUCCACUUUCCCUGAGCUGGAGCAGUUUCUACAGGACACCAUCAAGAGGUACCGUCUGCAGGUGCUAGAGGCUGAGGGGGACAUGAAGCAGGCCCUGAGCCAGCUGAAGGCACGGCACCCCCAGCUGGAGGCCGUCCUCAUGGGCACUCGCCGCACGGACCCCUACUCUCGCAGCCUCUGCCCCUUCAGCCCCACCGACCCAGGCUGGCCCUCGUUCAUGCGCAUCAACCCGCUGCUGGACUGGACCUACAGAGAUAUCUGGGACUUUCUGCGUCAGCUGUUUGUCCCGUACUGUAUCCUGUAUGACCGAGGCUACACGUCACUGGGGAGCCGGCAGAACACGGUGCGGAACCCAGCCCUGAAGUACCUGGGCCCAGGAGGACAGCCCACUUACCGACCAGCCUACCUCCUGGAGAAUGAGGACGAAGAGCGCAACUCCCGCACGUGACCUCCCAGCCCUGCCCCCUCCCCCCUGCCCCCAGCAGGGCGGCUGUCCUGGAGUGCAGCCUCUCAAUAAACUGUGCCUCUCGUGGG